UGUGGUAGACAAAAUGGCGGGGGUUAGUGAUCAGUGUACAUUCGGUGGGAAAAGUUGAUAGAGAAAAAUGCCGCGGUAAGUAAAGACUCCGACUUGUGAAAAUCAUUGUAUCAGAUCUUUACUAUGUUAUAAUAAAACGAGAUUGUUGGUAAAUAAUAUAGAGUCAAUAGUACUCCAAAGUGAUAUGGAAUUGCUACAGUGAAUUGUACCCCGACUCGGCUGGGAUAACGUAAUAUUUAGACAUUGAAAACUUGUACUUGCCGCAACGAACAACGACGCUAUGGCGUCCGUGUAGUGUGUCAUUAUUUUUUCAUCACAAUUAAUAUUAAAUCAAUGUGUCAAAUUGCAUCCAAGGAACUUAUUGCCAUGUUUUAUUGUUCAAUGCAAUUGUCACUAUACGAGUUUUUCGGUAUCAGGCAACUGUAUAAAUUGUGAUACUGUGAUCAAGAAAAGAUGCGAACAAUUGAAAAUAAACGUUAAUAAAUAAAAUAUAGUGUACAAUAUUUGAUGUUGUAAUAGAAUCCUCCACUAAUAAAGUGGAUGAUUAGUAUACAACAUGUCAAACAGUUUAGAUAGUUUUUUAACUCGCAUUGGAGAUGUUACUAUUGAACGUGUGACUCCAAGAGGUAAUUCAAGGCCUGGAGACCCAGGAGAUGGUCGUAAUAGCGCUCCAAUGAAAGGUAGUGAUAAUAGUUCAACUAUCCAAUCAGUAAAUGACAGAGAUUCUGAAGAAACUGGUGGUGAAACCAGUGAUGGAGAGCAUGAAAGAAAAAUGGAAAUGAUGGCAGCUGAAGAUAUUGAAGAAAUUCACUCCGAAGGUUCAGGAGAUGAUAUGGACUUAGACGAAACAAUUGAUACUGAAAUUGGAGUCAGAAUGGAUUCUGAACGACAACAUUCAGAAUCAUCUUGUCCAGAUGAUGAUGUAGAGGCUGUCAAUAUAUUAGAUACUCUUCCAUUAGAAGGUGCUCCAAUUGAAGGUCAAGAAGUAUCAGAAGCAGAUUUACUUGGUAAGCCAUUGAAAGAAGACGACGGUGAAAGUAUAGACAACGACAAGUCAGAAACUCAGUCUGGAGAUGAAGAAGAAGACGGCAGUAAAAGGAGGACAGAUUCUGAUGAAUCUGAUCCUGCUAAAAAGAAACAAAAAAAAGAUGAUAGCCCGGAUGAUUCAGAAUGUGAGUUGAAAACCGAAAAAAAAUUGGCCAAUAUGAGGCGAAACAUCAGAGAGGUAAUGGAUGAAACGCAGCUAGACGAGGCAACAUUAGCAGCACAACGUCAGGAAAUGGAGCGACUACGUCGAGUUCAGGAGCAACAAAAAAUAAUUCGUGAGGUACAACGUCAAAUAGCGUUCAAUCGUCAAAAUAAAAAUCAAACACGUGUGAUAAGUCUCCUUCAAGGAAAACAAAAUGAUAUUAGUACUUCCAUUUCUCAAUCAUCUCCAUCUUCUUCAUCACCACAGGUUAAGUUGCCGAGUACAGUUCUGCUGAAAGUUAAUUCCGGUUCGGGAACACCUCAAACACCUUCAGGAACUCCAUUUGGUCCAGCUCCAAGACGACCCGUAGAGAGUACGCGAUGGCAAAAAGGCAGAGGCAAUUAUCCAGGUUCACAAACAUCAAUAUCACGAGUUCCACAUCGUUCAACACCAGGGCAUAAUGUAUUACAACAAAGAAUUCGUAUGAUGACACCUUCUGUAAGUAUUUCGCCAGUGGUCCCUAAAAAAGAACCCUGCGAUAGAUCUGAAUAUUUUUCUGAUUCUGAAGUAUCAGAAGCUGAAGUAGAUGAUAUUGUUUAUGAAAAGCCAAUGCAUACAAUACGUAAACCACCAAGUACUCCUAAACAGCCAAGACCACCUAAAGGUAAAGAUGUAGUAACAAUUUCUAGCUCAAGCGAAAGUUCAGAUGAUGAUUGCAUAGUUUUAAGUGAUCCGAGUGGUGGUGAGGAAACUGAUAAUGAUGAUGAUCCCUCUAAUUCAGGAAUGCAUACUAAUGAUCGUUAUAAUGUUCCUGAUGAGCAUGGUCGAGUAUUAGUUAAUGUUGGUCAUCCAGAUACAGAACCAGAUGUAUAUUUAGCACCACAAGUAGCUCGUGUUAUUAAACCACAUCAAAUUGGUGGAAUUAGAUUUCUUUUUGAUAAUAUUAUUGAAAGUAUUGAACGAUACAAAAAUAGUGCUGGAUUUGGUUGCAUCCUUGCUCAUAGUAUGGGUCUUGGAAAAACACUUCAAGUGGCAAGUUUCUGCGAUAUUUUUUUUCGUUGUACAUCUGCCAAAACUGUACUAUGUAUUAUGCCAAUAAAUACACUUCAAAAUUGGCUAGCUGAAUUUAACAUGUGGUUGCCGUAUGAAGACCCAAAUGCUGUAAAACUUGAGACAGUAUUGAAUAAUUCUAAGUCUGAAUCGUGUGCUGAUGUUAAACAUGAGAUUAAAGAAGAAAAUUCUAAUUUGACUGAUGUAUCUUCAGGCAUGUCUUCUAGACCCAUAAGUAGAGAAUCAGCUCAUCGUCCUAUGCAAGAUAAUGCGUCACAAAUUUCAAAUAUGAUGUCUACCAAUUCUUUCAGUAACCAGUCAUAUGAAAAUCAUAAUUCUCUGUCCAAUUAUUACCAAGAUAACACAAUAAAUAAAACUAAUGUUAAUCACAAUGUACCUUUACAUCCAAAUUACGGUAAUAUAUCUCAUAAUUCCAUGUAUCAUCAAGAAAUGGGCCAUAUUGAAGAUUAUAAGCCUUUGAAAAGUGAAAUAGAAUGUCAAGAUAUGAAUAAAACAUCAGGUCAGUUAUAUCGAGGGAUAGAUAACCAAAAUGCAUCGAUGUAUCCUAUGAUGAACAAUCAGACUCAAAUACCAAGUUAUCCAGGUUAUCAAAAUCCACCAGGCAGUCAAUCGUAUGGAAAUAAUCCGUCAGUUGUUCAAGUAAAGCAGGAAAUUGAAAAUGAACCUAUGCGCAUAAAAGAAGAGCCAAAAGAGCCAAUGAUUAAAGAGGAGAAUGUUACGAGUAAAGAAGAAUCCAGUGAAGAGAAAAAAAUUCCUAAAAUACCAACACCUCAUAGUGUUGAUAGCCCUGUAGGAAUGGAUCUACGCCCACGACAUUUUCGAUUACAUAUUCUUAAUGAUUCACAUAAAACAAUGGCUGCUCGAGCAAAAGUUAUUCACGAAUGGCAAAAAGUUGGUGGGGUUUUAUUGAUUGGAUAUGAAUUGUAUAGACAAUUAUCCUUAAAGAAACCCAACAAAGCAAAACGAAAACGUGGACAGCCAUUUAAGGAUGUUGAUGUUGAAGAAGAAGAUAAAAAUAAAGGUUUAUUGGAUGAGAUGCAUGGAGCACUCGUAAACCCUGGUCCUGAUUUAGUAAUCUGUGAUGAAGGACAUCGUAUAAAAAAUUCUCAUGCCAGUAUCAGUUUGGCUUUGAAACAAAUGAGAACCAAAAGAAGAAUCGUUCUUACUGGCUAUCCAUUACAGAAUAAUUUAUUAGAAUAUUGGUGCAUGGUAGAUUUUGUGAGGCCUAAUUAUUUAGGUACUAAAAGUGAAUUUUGUAACAUGUUUGAAAGACCAAUUCAAAAUGGUCAGUGUAUUGAUUCAACACCACAAGAUAUUAGACUUAUGAGAUACCGCGCUCAUGUUUUACAUGCUCUCUUAGAAGGAUUUGUUCAACGUAGAUCACAUUCAGUUCUACAAGUAUCACUUCCUAGAAAAGAAGAAUAUAUUCUACUUGUUCGUAUGACUCCUCAUCAACGUAAAUUAUACGAUACUUUCAUGAAUCAAGUGGUAAAAACACGUGCUGUUCCCAAUCCAUUGAAAGCAUUUGCAGUUUGUUGUAAGAUAUGGAAUCAUCCUGACAUUUUAUUUCAUUUCUUACGAAAACGUCAAGCCAAUGAAGAAGAUGAUUUAGAUUUAGAAGAAACAAUCGCAGAGAAAGCAACACCUGGAGGCAAAAGAUCUAAAGCACGACAACCUAAAGGAGAAUCGAAGAAGGGUAAGAAGGUGAAUGUAACUAUCAAGAAUAAACCAGCUGCUAGUGUUCCACCAAACUCAUCAUCUUCAUCUACCAAUAAUGAAUCUACCCCCUCAGAAAAUACUCCAAUUACUAAGCAAGAACCUAAAGAAAAUUUUACCAACUUUACUCAACAAAUGUCAAAUUCUAAUUUCAAUAAUUCAGGUCAACAAACUUCAUUUUCUCAAGAUUACCAAAAUUAUCGUCCGAAUGAUCAAAAUAAUUACUAUCGCAACGAUCAAUCUACUGGUGAAUACAAUGGUUAUUAUAAUAACAAUCAAAAUCAACAGAGAUUUGCUAAUCAAGACUCUCCUUUUCCACCAUUCCAACAGAAUAAUGUCAAUUAUAAUCCGACACAAAAUUAUCCGCAGAACCAAACACAAACUUUUAAUUCCAGUAAUGACCAAAAUACUAAUAAUUCGCCACAGAAAUAUUCUAAUACAUCCAGUACUGACUUCAAUACUGACCAAAACAACGCCAAUAAUUAUGAUAUGUUUCAAAAGCAAUCAUACUGUUAUCAAGACCAAGGAAGAAACUAUCAGUCAAAUGUAAAUCAGCCAUAUCCUCAAAAUUCCAAUCAACCAUCGAAUUAUGAGACUCCAAUAACUAAUCAAUCAACCAAUAUGUCGAUGACAAAUUAUUCAUCUUACGGUCAAUCUAACCAAUCUCAGAAUUAUCUUCCAACAACUGGUGGUAAUAAUAUGCAGCAAAUUUACCCUAGAAAUGAAAAUCAACCUAUUCAAAAUCAAUCAAUUGGUUAUUCACCAAACCAACAGAGUCAAAAUACUCUUCAGCCUUCUACAACUCCAAGUAGUUACAUGAACAAUCAAGGGCUUCUUCCAAUGCAGCAAAAUACCAAUCAAAUGAUGCCAAAUAGUGUACAUCCGUACACUGGUCCUUCUGGUCGAGCAAAUCAACCUCCAGUACCAAUCCAAAAUACUUCUCAAACGAAUCAAUCUUCAAAUCAAUUGACUACUAACAUGUCUAAUCAGAAUCAACCACUCUAUCCACCUAAUCAGGCAACACCAAGUCCAAUGAUACAGAAUCAGUCACAUGGUUACAUUAAUAAUCAACAAAAUCAAUCAGUGAUGUCACAAGGUCAAGUACGUGGUUAUUCUGCAGCGCAACAAAACCGGUAUCCAACACCACAGGCUUCAGUUUCUUAUCAAUCUGGACUUCCAACUCAAGGUCAAGUACCUCAAACUCAAACCCACGAAUAUGCUGCUGAGCAAACUACAACUCCUUCGAAACAUGGAUUCCCUUCAGGCCAUCAUUCGUCAACUGGAGGUUCUCAAAAUAGUUAUCCAAUGUCUCAACAAUGUCAAACACCGACACCAACAAAUCAGAAUACAAUUUAUUCUGGUAAUCAGCAAACUCCGAUUGCUCCAAUGCCAAAUCAACCACUCAGAUAUCCAUCAAUAGCUCAAAAUCAAACUUCUAUGCCACAAAAUCAAGCAAUAGCUUAUCCCUCGUCAACGACGCCUGCAAUAAAUCAGAAUGAAUCUCAGAAUUUCUCAGGACAUUAUCAGAUGAAUCAAAAUCAACAGCAGAAUUCAGGAAUAUCAAAUUAUUCUGAAAGUAAUACCCAAAAUCAAUACAAAGCUCCAGAUAAUAAUUAUUCGUCUUGGCAAGGAAAUUAUUCUCAACCGAUUAGACCAGAUCAGUGCAAUGAUCAGUACUUCAGAGAGCCAAAUACUAAUCGAUAUGACAACAAUUAUUUUCCUCAACAAAAUUAUGUUCAAAAUCCUUAUGAUUAUAAUUCUGGUCAUAGUACAAAUAUGAAUCCUAUACCUAAUAAAGAUAAUAAUAUAUCACAACCAGUAAUUAUGGAUCAGAAUCAGGCAGUUCAAGGUAAUUUUGAUAAGAUGAAUAAAGAUGCAAGCACUAGUGUUGGUAUACAGAGUCAACCAUUAGCACAAAACAAUGUCAAUCCAUCUAUAAACUUUAAUUCUAGUGAUAAUAAUUUAUCAAAGCAAAAUAUGACUUCAUUUAUGGGGAAUAAUAAUCGUAAUAAUUCUUCUAAUUCAAUUAAAGAAGAAGAAAAAGAGAAAGAUGAAGCAGUACAGGUGGACAAAGAAAAAGAAGAUAAGUCUGAUGAUGAAAUUUUAACCAAAGAUGAGGAAAAAGAUACAAAAUUAUUUGCGGGAGUUAAAGAAGAAAUGGGUAUACCUUAUGAUUGGGCAACAGAACUUAUGAAAGGAUAUGUACCAGGGUUAAUUGAUGCUUCUGCUAAAAUGACACUUUUUUUUUGUAUUCUCGAAAAAGCUAUCUGCGUUGGAGAUCGAGUGCUGGCAUUCUCUCAAUCAUUAUUUACUUUAAAUCUUAUUGAAGAUUUUUUGGCGAGAAAUGAUUUAAAAUAUGCAGAUGGUCAAACAGAAGGUUGGGUUAAAAAUGUUAAUUACUAUCGAUUAGAUGGAAGCACAAGUGCAUUAGAAAGAGAAAAGCUCAUUAAUGAGUUUAAUCAGAAUCCAAAGAUUCAUCUGUUCCUUGUAUCAACACGAGCUGGUUCGUUAGGGAUUAAUCUUGUUGGAGCAAACAGAGCUAUUGUAUUUGAUGCUUCAUGGAAUCCUUGCCAUGAUACUCAAGCAGUGUGUCGAGUGUACAGAUAUGGUCAACAAAAACCUUGUUAUGUAUAUCGUUUAGUAACUGACAAUUGUCUAGAAAGAAAAAUUUAUGACAGACAAAUUAGUAAGCAAGGUAUGGCAGACCGAGUAGUAGAUCAAUGUAAUCCAGAUGCUCAUCUAUCCUUGAAAGAAGCUACAACACUAUCAUGGGAAUGGGAAGAGGAUAGUCAAGUACAAGAUUUUUCAUCUGCAAAAAAUGAUUACUCUGAUGAGAUAAUGCAUCAUGUACUAGAGAAAUAUUCUUCACUUCUAACUAAGCAACCUUUCCAUCAUGAAAGCCUCCUUGUAGAUCGUAAAGAUAAAAAAUUGAGUCAAGCUGAGAAACGUCUUGCAAGGCGUGGUUAUGAACUAGAGAAAAUGGCUGCUACUUGUUCCAAACCAAGCUAUAAUUAUGUACCCGGAAACACAGCUACUCGUGCAGGUGGUUUACAAAUACGAGCAAUACGUGGAGGCGAUACAAGUGUAGCUCCAAAACCUGUAGCUUCCGUUAGGCCUAUGCAACAACGAGGUGCUGAAGGUUUGGGAGGUCGAGGAAUUGUUGGAAGUAGAUGGAUUCCAGCAGAAGUUUGGCAAAGACAAGGAAUGAGUGCCCAAGAAAUGACUUUACCUCUUGAUGUGGUCAUUCCAACAAAUUCACCUGAUAAGAGUAGCAUCGUUUUGAAGGCUGGCCAACGGGUCAUGGUGUUGAAGAGUCCAAAAGGAAUUUAUAUGCAGCUAGAGUCCGGAAAAAUAAUAGCAAUACGAACUGCAUUGAAAAUAAAUCAACAAAAACGUGAAGAAGAGCCGAAAAAAGCCGCUACUUCAGCAGCACAGAGAAGUUCAAAGCCAGAAGUUGGAUUUCCGUUAAGGAAUAAUUCUGCUAUUUCAAUUAUUCCAAAGACUACAAAUGCCACUCCAGCACCUCGAAUACCACCUAGACCAAAUAGUGGCAUGGGUGGUCGACAGCAUGCUGAAAAAGAUCAACCAAAAAGAUCUAGAGCUGUUGGACGUAACGCAAAUUCUAACCAGAUCAACUUAACUCAACAAGUUUCACUCCAACGAGUUCCAAAAAACAAACAUGAUUCUGUGGAUCAUUCAUUAGUAGGAGAUAAUUCUAAUUCAUCAGAUAGCCAACCACGUACUGAUCAACGAGUUGAAGAAGUACGAUUGGAAGAUGUAGUUGCAGAAGCUAAUUCAAAUCCUGAUUAUAGUCCCUCAAACCAAAGCCAAGCAGCUAAUUCGGAUUCAGAGCCAGGAUUACAAAAAUCUUUUGAAAGAAAAUCCCAAGAUUAUGGAACAAGUCCAAUUACCGCCGGAAAACACAUGCAGAAUAUACCAUCACAACGUGUAAAAAUUGAGCCAGAACUGAUUUCGAAACAUGACAAAAAUAUGAUGACUCCUUACGACUCGAAAGAAUGUGAGAAUUCACUACCAACAACUAACUAUGGAAAUCAAUACUCAAGACACAUUGGUCAAAAUCCAAGUCAAAAUAAUUCAAAUGAAGAGAUAACAGUAGAAGAUAAUUCAACAGUACCACCACUACCUUCUCAUUCUACUCAAAUUAUGCAACAACAACAACAACAACAACAACAACAACAACAACAACAACAACAAAUGCCUCAAGAAAAUUGUCAAUCUCGAUCAUUACUACCAGCUCAAUCUUACAUCGAAAGGCCACCAGACGUACCAAAAGGAAUACCAGACUCUAAUAAUUCUUCAUCAAUUGGACCAAAUUUAAUUCCUGAAGAUGCUCCAGAUACACAAGAAAUAUCAGCCGAAGAAUCUCACAGACUUCCUCAAGCUUAUCCGUAUUCUCAGUACCCAAGAUAUUACGACUACACAGAUCCUCGAUCGCGGAAUUUAUCUGCUCCAUAUGGAUCUUAUUUCCCAAAUGUUCCGUCACAUUCUGCAAACACAAGACCUACAGAAGUUACAAAAUCUCAACCAGAAAUUGAGAAAUCUCUAGAAGAAAGAACGACAAUGCCUGUAACAUCUGCAGCUUAUUCUCAGUCUACUAUUCCUGUAACACCUGCUUCGAUUAAUACUUCGUCAACAUCUUUAGAAAUUAAUGAAAUAAAAAAUCCAGAAUCGGUGCCUGUACCUUCGAUUCCAACAACGACGCCGAAUCGAGCAGACACGCACAUCCCUACAGCAUUUAAUCAUCCAGCUGGUGGACGUUUUAGUGGAACUUACCCACCAGCGCCAUACGAUCCUUAUUCGCAACACUAUCCAGCCGCUCCGAAUUCAACACCAGCUUAUCCACCUGGAGGAGCUCCUGGGUAUGCUACAUAUGGUGGACCAGCUUACAACACAGAUUACGCUCAUGUGUACAGUGCUUUUCACGGUCCUCCUCCAGCAGCAGACCCUUAUAUGCACCGAGGCUAUGCACCAACGUCAACUCAUCCAUCUAAUUACUACGCUCCUUUUCCUCAUCCUCCACCUCCUCCUUAUCCAAAUUAUUCCUUCUUACCACCUUACCCCAAUCCUAAUAUGCCUAGCGAGUCACAGCCACCUAUUAAUAAUUUACGUCAUUUGUCUUCAGAAAUUUUAUCAAUUCAAAGAAUAAAAAAAGACGUCACAAUGGUGGUUGGGGAAGUAAGCAUUCAUAAUAUUAUGGGGGGAAUGGAAAGUACAGGAGGUGUGAGGCUUCAUAAUCACAAACGGAAAUUGAAACAGAGGUUUGACAUAAUUAAGAAAUUGGGUCAAGGUACAUACGGAAAGGUACAGCUAGGAAUUAACAAAGAGACUGGACAAGAGGUUGCUAUUAAAACUAUCAAAAAAGGUAAAAUUGAAACAGAAGCCGAUCUCAUUAGGAUACGACGAGAGAUUCAAAUUAUGUCUAGUGUUCAGCAUCCAAAUAUUAUUCAUAUUUACGAAGUGUUUGAAAAUAGAGAAAAAAUGGUAUUGGUGAUGGAAUAUGCAGCAGGUGGUGAACUUUAUGAUUAUUUAAGUGAACGUAAAGUACUUUCCGAGGAAGAAGCUCGAAGAAUUUUUCGACAAAUUUCAAUAGCUGUAUAUUACUGUCAUAAGCAUAAAAUUUGUCAUAGAGAUCUUAAACUGGAAAAUAUUCUAUUGGAUCAUUUAGGUAAUGCAAAAAUAGCAGAUUUCGGUUUAUCUAAUGUCUUCGAUGAAAAUAGAUUUUUAAAUACAUUUUGUGGUAGUCCACUUUAUGCUAGUCCUGAGAUAGUUAAAGGUACGCCUUAUCACGGUCCGGAAGUGGACUGCUGGAGUCUGGGUGUUCUUUUGUAUACACUAGUCUAUGGUGCCAUGCCAUUUGAUGGCUCUAACUUUAAGAGAUUAACGAAACAAAUUUCUAAUUCUGAUUAUUUUGAACCCAAAAGACCUUCACCUGCUUCACCACUUAUUAAAGACAUGUUAACUAAAUGUCCAUCAAGAAGAGCAGACAUAGAAAGGAUAUGUUCCCAUUGGUGGGUUAAUGAAGGUUACGAACAAAAUUGUUUAGACAUUGCAGAAGAUCUUGCCGCGCAAACUCCAGUAAGACUUGAUUUACUUCUUUCACUCGUUCCACAAUCUGCAAGUGCUGAAGAAUUAGUCGUCACGAAUGAUCAAUCAUCUGAAGCUGUCAGAAAUAUAUCUGAAGAAACGCGUGCGCCGACCAGAUGUAUGUCUGUUGGUAGUUUAAUGGAAUUUGAUAAUUAUUCCGGACGAUUAAAAGAGAUAACUGAUGAAGAAAUAAGAAAUGGAGGUAAUGAAACAAAAAGAAAAUUAAAAAUGACUCUGUCAAUGGAAGAAACUGCUGAGGCUGGAGUUAAAAAAAAAGAUCGUUCAAGAAGAAAAGAAAGAAGUGAUGAAAGAGAACCAAGAGCUUAUAGGUCUACAUCGCGACAUCAUUCAGCACCAAUAGCAAAUGCGAUCACUGAAGAAGCUAUGGAAGUAAAUCCAGUAAUGGAAAUUGAUCUUCGGGAUCCAGCCGCUGCGGCAGCAUGUCUAGAACUCAUUAAAGAAGCUCAGUCUAAAUCGCCAAGUAAAGAAAGAACUCCCGCAAUACCCGAUGAAUCGAAAGGAAUCAAUUCGGAAUCCAUACCAAAUGUGAAUGAAAAUGUUAAUGAAGUUAAACCGCUUGCCAAUAAACUUCAAGAUUUGUCGGAUAAAAAUAUUUCUGUAGAUGAGCGAUCCGUCAAUGACGGUGAAAAGACACCAAUAAAAAAUAAAGCUCUAAAAUCAAAAGUUGAGGAAACAUUGCAGGAUGGUAAUGCUAUAAAAACAGAUGUGCCGAGUAAAAAUAAUGAAGUAAUCAAUGAGGAAUCUAAAGUUAACGAUAAACCAUCACCACCAACUGAAAAUGUUAUGGAGAAGAAAAAUGAUAUUAAAAAAUUAAGUCAGAAACAAAUGUCAUUAGAUUCCGAAGUACCUGCAAUACCUCCAACGAAACCCACAGAAAGAAGACGCUCAAAAAUUUUUGAAACUGCUGAAAAAUUCAAUCAACUUUUGUCAGGAACCGAACCAGAGAAGCCUAAAAAAAUAUUUAUUCCCGGUGUUAAUGUGGGAGGUGCUAAAAAGGUAUUUGAACGUAAAGCAAGCCUCUCUUCAAUUACAUCACCACAACCUACAAAGUCUCCUGCAUCUAAAGUCAUUAUUGAUGUAGCAAAUGAUAAAAAAGUUGAGAAAAUAGAGGACAAACCAGUCGUAGCUAAAGAAGAAUCUAUAAAAAGUGAAGAGGAACGUAGGCGAGAAAAAGAGAAAAAGCGAGCAGUGGAUAUUAUUACUGGUGCUUUAGGUAAGCCUCCGAUGCAAAAAAAACUUAAUGGAUCUCCUCCGGUGACACCUCAGAGUCCAGAUUCAAAGAAUCUUGGAUUAAAAAUUCAAAUUGGACCAAAUGAUGUCAGAAAUGCGACAGUAUCAGUUUCAACACCAGUCAAUACCAAGUAUCCAAACUUUGAAGGUGCGAUGGCAAAACCAACUGCUGUUGCAAAUUCUGUUCCUACAUCCCCUGAGUCUAAGAGUAUGGAAACAUCGUUUGCAGAUGAGCCUACGAUGUCCAGUAAAAUGGAAAUUACUUUGAAAAGUGCAACAUUACCUCGACCAAGAAAAACAAGUAAAGCUGAAAUUACUCUCGCUGGUAUAAAGAAUCCAGAACCAGCAUAUAAAUCAGAAGUCGAGGCUAAAAUUGAUGCGUUCCAUCCACAAAAAUUAAAAACUCAAAAAUCUGAGGUAGCAUUCCCUGUAGCAGCUGUGAUUACUCAAGAGCCUAGAAGUUCGAGUUUAGAACCCGAAAGUUUAUUAAAAACAGUAGGAAAAGAAAGAAUUAUUCCAAUUCAUGUAGAACCAGGACAUCAAUCUCAGCAGUCUUCCACACCACCACCCUCCAAACCCCCUAUGCCACAAAGAUCUAUGUCCCAACGUUCCAGCUCAUUAUCACGACAAUCUACAGCUGAUUCUGAUACUGAUAGUGCACUUGGUUCCACUGUUGGUCCAGAACCUAUUAGGAAAAGUCCUAGAGAAUAUAUUAUUCCAAUUGCAGUUGAAGGAGGAGGAUAUGUUACUCCUAGAUCUGGAAGUGUCGAACCUGAAAGCAAAACAAGCACUCCUACAAGCAAUAAUCCAGCAAGAGCAAGAUUUGGAAGAGGAAGGAGGAUAGGAUCUUUACUUUCUGAUGCCAGUGAAGAUGAAUCACCUUUCUCCACUCUUCAUAGAGACAAUGAUGAUCUACUCCAAAGACAUAUGCACAGAUUAAGAAGUUCAAGGCCAACCAGACAAACAUCAGAACACGCCGACAGUCUUUCAUCUGGUGAAGAUGAUGAUGACGAUGGCUUUGAACUUUUAACGGCAGAAAAUUUAUUCUCAACACUUUUAUCGAGAGUCAGAAGCUUAACCCAACGACUUAACGUUGAUGACAACCGAGGAACUGGAUUUCCACGUAGUCGACUUCUUGAUAGAUUAGGGACUAAUUCUUCUCAAGGUUUCUGGGGAUUACAUGAACCCUUAUCAAGCUACGAGAGCUACGUUGAAAUACAGACGAUCACAACGCGACUAUCGGAAUCACCAUUUAGAAGAUCACUCAGUCGUGAUACAGACCGAUUCGGUCGUAAAGACUCAGCAAUGUCAACAAAUCCAGGAACUCCAACCAGUUUAGGUGCUCGAACAACACCUUCACGUGAGAGUAUUUUUGAAGUAGGCAGCAGUAAUACUUUACCACGAGAUAAAAAUCUUCAGGAUGAGACGGAGACCGAUUCACGAGUUAAAAAGGAGACUCAAGAGACUCAAGUACGACCAAACACAAGUAACGCACAUGAGAAUUUCACGCCAAGCCUGGCGCGACGAUUGAGUAGACAAUUUAUAGAACAGACCAGACAGUCAUUGCCGAGGUCACCAUCAAUACCUCGGGACCGUUUCUAUAGAUCAUCAACAGAGGAGCCUUCAGAGUCGUUGACAUCGUCUAUCAUACCGGAAAGGUCAGAGUACCGAAGCAAAUCAAGCGACAGGAGUUUAAGAAGAACAAACAGUCUGCUAGACAACAAUCGUACUGAUAGACCUGACUACCGAUCGACAAGACGUAGUGUUAGUCUUUUUGAUGAUGAUGAAGAUCAGUUACUACCUCCUCUGCCACGACAAAUUAUGACACUUGGAAGAAAGUAUAGAGAUCCUCUGAAAGCUCUAGCCAAUGGAGGAAUUCGCAGAGAUAUUUGUCUGACAGAAAAAAUUCAAGAAGAACCAUCUGAUGAGUUACAUUCGCCAAAGAAAGUCCAAGAAAAUAAUAAUGAUAAUGAUCAGAAUCAGAAUCAAAUGUUAAGCACAGAAAAACCAAAAUGUAAUUCAAUAGCAAAUCUUAACGAUUUAGGAGCGACUUCAUCGAUAAAAACAAGUGAAUCUCCAUCAACUUCAAACACCAAACAAGAUGUGAUAAAUUCAUUUAGAGCUGAUGCUAAAGAUUUUGAAAAUAGACUUCUCGCCGCUGAGAAUCUGAUAAAAGAAUCAAAAAAACGAAAUUUAAACAUCGAUAAAUUUGACCCUAAUUUAAAUUCUAGCUAUACUGACACCGAUAAGUGUGAAAAAGAAUUCCAAGGAUCAAUUACUGAUUUAACCAGCUCUACUCUGGCUAAACGUCGUAGUUGUAUUCCUGGUUUGAGGCUGCGAUCUGCUUCAUUAACCAGAGACGUACUAAAUACUGACAGAAGAAAAUCUUUGGCUUAUUCUCAAAAUUCUAAUGAUUUGCGUGAUAUCACACCCGAAAGAUCGCUUCUCCGUAAAUUUUUCAGGGCAGGUAGUAUAAGUAGAGAUAUUGAGAGUAAAGAAAAAUCUCCUAAAGCUAAACGUCGAAUUUCAAGAUUUUUACGACCUGACUUUUUUGAUACCCCUAGGGAAGAGAGCCAAUAUGUGAAAGAAAAAGAAGCUCAAAAAGCAGCUGAGAAUGAAAGGAGAAAAUCCAGAUUUAUGAAAAGGAAGAAUCAAAAUAAGGAUACAGAUACUGACAAUUCUAAAGAAGAAAAACCAGAAAAAGAGUUAAAAAAUGAAGUAAAUGAAAUGACGAGAGAUCAAUGUGAUGUUAUUACGGAUAAUAAAAUAAGCAAUAAUUUAGAAAAUAUUCCGAACGGUGAUGUCAAAACUGAGCAACCGAAUUCUAAUAGUUUCCUUCAAUCUUUAGAGAAAAAACUUGAGAAGGUGCAAUCUGGGGAUGAAUCUCCAAAAAUACACAAUCUAAAUACCAUUGACAAUGAAGCUUUUGAUAAAGACAAUAGUAUUACUCCAUCGGAAACUCAUUCAGUUGAAGCACAAGUUCUACCAAAGGCUGCAAGUGUUGAAGAUCUAUCUUUGAGUGAAGCUUCAACGGCUACAUCUAAAUCUAAAGUAUCUAGUGUUUUAGGACUUUUCAAAAAUGAUUCUAAAUCUGCAGUCAAUGGCACAAAGCAACAAAAUACUCUGUUGAGUAAAUUCAAAAAAAAUAUUUACAAAGGAUCUAGAUCAGAUACUAAUGUUAUUACUGGAGAGACUUCAUCAAAUAGUAAAAUACCUACGAAGUUUAGAAACGAGGUAAAAUCAGAUUUCAAACCUUGUAGACGAAGUUUAGAAAGUAAAAAAUCACCAGAUAAAAAUAUUGAAAUUAAAAAAUCACCACCGAAAGAAAAAGCUAAAGAAAAAAGCCCAUUAGAAAGACUUAGUUUGGAAAGAAAAGUAUUGGUAGAUAAACCGAGCAAAUCACCCAAGAAAUUGAGUCCAGACAAAACAACAGAAAGUAAGCCAGAAAAAAUAGAAAAGUCCAGUGUGAAAGAUAAAUCUGUAGAAAAAGAGCUUCGGAAGUCAGGUUCUCCAGAGAAAAUUGAAAAUAAAAAUUCUACACGUUUGAUGUCAUUGAAGAAAGCUUCACCAGACAAAGUACUUGAUAAUAAAAAAAAUGAAAUUAAAAGCAAUGAAUCCGAGGAGAAAAAAGUUUCGAAGACGAAGGAAAAAAAAAGUGUCAAGAGCUUGAAUUCUUUGCCAAAAAAUGGGUCAGUGUCAAAAUUAGAAAAAUCUGAUGAAUCUGAUAAAAAAGUGAAGAAAAUUAUUAAAAAGGAAACUUCAGAAAAAGAAGGAAGCGAUGGAACGAAGAAAAAGAAAAUUGUUCGUGUGGUAAAAAAGGUCGUGAAAAAAUCAGAAAGUUCACCAGAUAGUAACACUGAAGAAAAAGAAAAAUCAUCAAAAACAUUGUUGAAAAAAAUUACUUCUAGCGUAAAAAAAGAGAACAGUCUAGAAAAUGUUCGUAAAAAGUUAGAAAAAAGUUCAGAGUCAAAACAAGCAUCAGUGCUAGAUUCUAAUGUUAUUGAUGUUGAGAACAAAUCAGGUUCCGAAAGUAUUUCUAUUAAUCAAAGUUCUACUGAUAAUAAGGAUGUUACUGGACCAAAACAAAAUGAUUUGUCUUGCGUAAAAUCUCCUGUUCCAGAUUCAGACAAUAAAUUACGAAAUAAUAGAAGUAAUCUGAAAUUAGAUUUAUCUAAAAUACCACAGCAUACUUUUAAAAAUACUGGAACAUUAAAAAAGUCAUUUGAUAGCCUUUCAAAAAUGACUCAUCAUGCUAAUAUAACUGGUAAUAAAAUAAUAAUUGAUAAGCCUCUCACUGCAGCGUAUGUUAAUGAACUCAAAAAACAAACAAGUGUCCUUACUUCAGAACAACAGUCUGCUGACGCUUCUAUUAAUGACGUAAAACAAGAUAAUAUUCCAAAGUUUCAAGAAUGUCAGACAGAAAUGCAAAAAAAUAUUCCAGAUACAGAUGAUAAAAUAAAAGAAAAACCUAAAUCUAAUCAAGAUUUACUGUCAGUAAACUCUAAUGCAAUUCCACCACCAAAAAUUACUCCAGAUCACACUGAAGAUAUUCUUUCUCCUAUGGAAGAUGUUGAAAGCUUCGAUUCAUGGUCAAUUUGUUCUAAUGAUAUAAACCAUCGUAGUAGUAUGGAUCUCUAUUCACCAACAUCACCAGCAUAUUCUCCAUCAAUCCGCAGUGACCAUUCAGAGUCAAUAAUUGACAGAAUUAGACGGAAGAGUUUUUAUUCAAGAUUCAAUGAACGAAAACGAAAAAAUUCAUUGACUGUACCAUCUACUGGUGCUGGUAUGUCAAGUUCAACGUUGCCCAGAAAGUAUAGUUUUCAUUCAACUCGAGAUAUUGAUCGAAAAAAUAUAGGAUUCAGCAAAUCUCCAAUAAGAAGAAAUUGUGAAAGGACUCAUAGUUUAUACAAUGAUGAUCUGUCAGGUUUUCGAAAAUCUCCAGUAGAUCGUGAUAUGUAUACAGAAGUUGGAAGUAGUCUUGGGUCCUUUUUCAAUGACUUAAAAUCACCUGGAGAACAUUAUGGAAGCACUUCAUCUUAUUAUGAUUCUUUAAGAAAGUAUAGAACAUCAACUCCAGAUCACACUUAUAGAAAGUACCAAAGUACUGAUUUAAAUUUAGAUAGUGAUUUAGAUUUAUAUAAAAGACCAUCACUAUCAUCAUCAUCAGCAUUAACCGAUAGUAUUUCUGAGUAUCGAAGCAAUUUACCAAGGAGAUUUGGUUCAACAGUGUCGGACUUGGAACCAAAAACUGCUGAAUAUUAUGAAGAACUCCUUACACCAAGUCGAAUUGAUUAUUUAACUCCAGCAAGAAAAACUCCUGAUAUCGUUGAAUAUACUGGAAAACAUGAGAAUGGUCAUUAUAAUGGUCACUUAGAAUUAUUGCAGAGUGGAGCAGAUAAGUGGCGAGGACUUUCAGAAAAGAGGAUUGGGCUGAAUUCUCCAGAAGAAAGUGAUAAAAGCCAUGAUGAUGACAGAAGUUCUAGUCAAACAACAAACGAAUCUAAAGAAUUAUCAGCAGCAUGCCCUGAUGCUGAUACGGCAACUUCUAUUGUGGAAUGAAGCUAAUCAAUAUUUAUAAAGGACUUUGGAAAAAUGUGCCAAAAGUUUUAUUAUUAUUUUAUUUGACGUUUAACUAUUUUAUCACUAUUAUUCGAGUAAACUAAUGAGCAAAAUCAAACACUAAUUUUUUUCUACGUACUUAAAAUGAAGCAAUAAGUGAUAAUAGGCAUUGAAAAUCUUAGAGGCCUAGUUGGAGAUACUUAACUAAUUAUAUAAGUUUUUUUUAUACAUAUACAAAGCCAAAACUACAACGACUGUCGCCGUGGUGCCUAACUAUGGCAAUAAAGUAUAGGAAGAGAUAAUAGAUGGUAAUAAAUUCAUUAGUGUAGUUGACUUUAUUAUCAUUUAAAUACUUCCGUAAAAUGUUUGUUUGAGUAUUUAAAGUUUUUUUUAUAUUGUGUAUAAAAUUUUUUUUCAUAAUUAAUUAAUUGAUUAUUAAUUUAUCAGUAGAGAAAAGUGUUAUUCUAAUCAUAUAUUUAAUGAUUUUUUUCUUAAGUACACUCCACGUUUUGUGCAUUUUAAUGCAAAGCUAGUCGCAAGUAUAAUUUUAUUAAGUAUUGGCUCCAAUAAUUUGUAAUAAUACAAAUUUUUUAUUUGGUAGCCAAAUAUGUCGUGUAUUAGUGUUGACAAAGUCAGUUAUAUUUAAAGAUAGAUGAUUGAAACAAAAGUACAUAGUAUAAUUAAUUCAACAAACUACUAUGGUGCUUUUUAAUUAAAAUAUUUAAAUGUUCUGUUCAUGCUUCUGAGAAUAUAUCCAUAUUUGUUACAACUGAUUUUUCAUUGAGAAAUAAUUUAUUCAAUCUGUUGACAAAGUUAAAUAAUAGUUAACGAAAUUAUAGAAGAAUAUAAAACCUACAAAUGACAGAAAAAUUUAAGUUAUCUGUGGUGCAAAAACUUUGCCUUAUUAUUAAAGCUAUAAAUAUAACUUCAAUA